AUGUCAAUCAAUUAAGAACUUAGUUUUGAUUUCAAAUCUCAAGUCAAUUUUGAUAACGAUUAUCAAUAAUCAAACUAUUCUAAUUUUGCUGAACAAUGGCAAGAGAAAAUAUCUAGUCUAUAAUAAAACAUAUAGGAAAUGUAAUAAUAAAAAGAAGAUGUUAAGAAUGCAUUAUUAUAAGCAUAAUCAAGAAUUAAAAAUAAGAAAUCUUAUAUAGAUGAACCUAAAAUGCAAUAAAUUGAAACUAGAACCUUAGAAACAAAUCAACCAAUUUAAAACACUUCAAUUAAUCAUUUAUUAAAUGAAUCUAUUAAUACAUAAGAAUUUCAAACUCCUAUCAAUUAAAUCAAUAACAUUAAAUAAUAACCUAUAGCAACAUUUCUAAUGGAUAUUAGAUUAAAUGAUAUUUACCUAUAAAAUUUUAUAGACUUAGGCAUUUAUGAUAAUGUAAGUCUUUUGAAAUCAUUACCUACUUAAAAUAAAUGUAAAUUUUUAUUAAAUAAAUAUGGAAUUGAUAAAUUAGGAUAUUAAAGAAGAAUCUUAGCUAAAUUAGAUGAAGGUAUAUAUAUAUAUUCAAUUAAUUUUAGAAAUGGGUUUAUUUUCAAAAAAAGGAUUAUUAUUAAAUAUUGAAUACUGUUAGGAAUAAAUUCCAAAUAUUGAAGAAUGGUUAAAAUCUAUUAAUUAAUCUAAAUAUUAUCCAAAUUUUCAAUUGGCAGGAUAUGAUAACUUUGCUUAUUUAAUUUAUUAAGAGUAAAGUCAAUACAAAUUAACAGUUCAAGAUUUUAAAGAUUUUUUUUAUAUAGAAAAUGAAUCAGAUAGAUAAUUACUUAUUGCACAUAUAAUUAUUAGUAUUAAUAUAUAAUAAAUUAAUUAGUUUGUGAUAAGAUGAUGAAUUGUGAUUUAUGGAGUGUUUAAGGAAUAAAAAAGAAAUAAUAAUAAUCAGAUUUUAAUUUAGUGUAAUGCACUCUACCAUCAAAUUAAUGUUCGAUAUUUUGA